AUGGAAUCCGACAUAAACCAGAUUGAACUAUUUUGUCUCGGUGAUGAUACUAGUUCAAUUCAAGAUUCAGCUGCUAUACAACAAUCGCCUAUUGAUGACGAAGAAAAUUUAGAGUUAAAUUUAAAUACACAUGACGCAACAGUGGAUCAGGUAACACAAUCAAUGUCGUCAUGGAAUGUAAAAUGUUAUCACUGGACAAUACCAGGUUCAAUCGUUGGUACUAUUGUAUUUUUUAUAUUUACAUGUAUUAUAAUGACAAUUGGCAUUUUAAUCGUUUGUUUUACUGCACCAAGGCCACACGCACCAAAAUGUGACUUCAAUAUUUUACGAACGGCCACUAAUCCAAUUGAAUAUAACUAUGGUCCGCGAUCUGUUGCUGUUGGCGAUUUCAACAAUGACACCUGGAUAGAUAUGGUAGUUGUUAAUUCGAUUGUUAACACUAUCGGUAUAUAUUUUGGCUAUGAAAAUGGUACUUUUAUCAAGCAGAUCGAAUAUUCAACUGGUUUAGCCUCCAAUCCUUAUAUGGUUGCCGUUGGUAAUCUUAAUAAUGAUUCUACAUUAGAUAUUGCAAUUGCAAACUUUGGCACAAAUACCAUUCGUAUAUUUCUUGGGUAUGAAAAUGGAUCUUUUACAAAUCAACUAGAUCUGUCAACCAGUACAUCGCGUCCAAUAUCAAUUAGUUUAAUUGAUUUGAAUAGCGAUACAGUACUUGAUAUUGUCACCAUCAAUUUUGGAACCAAUAGUAUAAGCAUAUUCUAUGGUUAUGGAAAUGGAAUGUUUUCGAAUCCAACAAUGUAUUCAACAGGUUAUGACUCACUUCCAUCUGCAUUAGCUGUUGGGGAUUUCAAUAAUGAUAACUAUAUAGACAUUGCCAUUGUGAAUUAUGGAACAAACAAUAUUGGCCUAUUUCUUGCUAAUAGGAAUGAUACUUUUGAACAACAGAUAACCAUUUCAACUGGUUAUGGUUCUAAUCCAUCCUCAAUAGCUGUUGGCAAUUUCAAUAGUGAUACAUUUGUUGAUAUCGCUGUCGCAAAUCAUGGAACAAAUACAAUCGGUAUAUUUUUAGGCAAUGGAAAUGGAACUUUUGCAAAUCAAAUAAAGUAUUCUAUAAAUUCUGGUUCACCAUACUCAAUUGGUGUUGGUGACUUCAAUCAAGACAAUCGAUUAGACUUAUUUAUUAUUACUAUUGGUGCUAAUAAUACAGGUCUACUUCUUGGAUAUGGAAACGGUAGUUUUUUGGAUGCAAGAAUGAAUUCAACGGGAUCUAUUUCAUCGAUUUCAUUUGCUAUAUGUGAUUUCAACAAAGACAAACGAUUAGAUGCUAUCAUCAUUAACAAUGAUACCAAUAGCAUAGAUAUUCUCCAGGGUUAUUUCGAAGGCUUUUCUCUUGCCACUAAAUAUACAACUGGAUAUUCACCAUGGUUUAUAACUCUUGGUGAUUUAAAUAACGAUGAUAUACUUGAUUUAGUUGCUGCAAAUUAUUAUAAUAAUACCAUAAGUGUCCUUCUUGGGUAUGGUGAUGGGAGCUUCGCAAAACAACAGACAUAUUCAACUGGCGCUUCCCCAUAUGAUGUAGCUACGAGUGAUUUCAAUAACGAUAGUUAUUUAGAUCUAGCUGUUACUAAUUAUAAAAGCAAUAGUGUUAGUAUUUUUCUUGGAUAUGGCAAUGCUUCAUUUGCAAAACAAAAAACAUAUUCAACUGGUAGUAAUCCACGAUCUUUGGCUAUUGGUGAUUUUAACAAUGAUGGUCAACCAGAUCUAGUUGUUACCAAUUAUAAUGGCAGCAAUGUAAGUGUUCUUUUUGGAUAUGGUAAUGGUUCGUUUGCGAAUCAAACGCAAUAUUUCACUGGUAUUAAUCCGAUAUCUGUAGUGAUUGGUGAUUUUAACAAUGAUACUCAAUUGGAUCUAAUUGUUGCCAAUUAUAAUAGCAGUAGUUUUAGUGUCCUUCUUGGAUAUGGCAAUGGUUCGUUUGCAAACCAAAUGACAUAUGCAACUGGUACUAAACCCCGAUCCUUGGCUACUGGUGAUUUCAAUAAUGAUGGUCAGUUGGAUCUAGUUGUUGCCAAUUAUGGCAGCACGAGUAUAGGGAUUCUUCUUGCAUAUGGUAAUGGCACCUUUGCAACACAAAUCACGUAUGGACUUUCUGUAGGUCCAUAUUUUGUAACUGUUGGUGAUAUGAAUAACGACACUUAUCUGGAUAUUGUUUUCCUUUUUGCUAGUCAAAAUAGUGCAUAUGUUUUAUUCGGAUAUGGAAAUGGUUCGUUUGGAUAUCAAACAGCAUAUUACGCUAACACCAAAGGGUACUGCAUAGCGAUUGGUGAUUUUAAUAAUGAUACUCGGUUGGAUAUCAUCAUGGGAACCUAUACUAAUAAUUAUGUUAGUGUAUUGCUCCAAUACGAUCGGGGAGCUCUUGUAAAUAAAAUUAAUUAUGCAUCAGGUGGUGGUUCUAGAUUGCGAGCCAUUGCCGUUAGUGAUGUGAAUAAUGAUACUCGGCUGGAUAUUAUUAUUAGUAAUUCAGGUACUGACAAUGUUGGAAUUAUUUUUGGCAAUGGUAAUAGCACUUUCGAAAACCAAGUGAUGAUCAAUUUAGAUUCAAAUUCUCAGCCAUCAUCAAUUACCAUGAGUGAUUUCAAUGGUGACACUCAGUUAGAUAUUGCUGUAGCCACCUAUAUUACAAAGCAAGUAGAUAUGUUAGUUGGAAAUGGACGAGGAUCAUUCAUAACUCAAGCAACUCAUCAAGCUCCUUUGGCAUAUCCACCACUAGUUAUCUCGCCUGGUGAUUUUAAUAAUGAUGGACGAUCAGAAAUCGUCGUUGGAUAUGGUGAUGGUGAUACUAUUGAUAUUCUUGUUUCAUAUAACAGCGGAUCUUUUACAAAUCAAACGAUCUAUCCAACUGGCUCCAGUCCAUACUCUGUAGUAGUCAAUGAUUUUAACAAUGAUGAUCAGUUAGAUUUAGCUGUUACCAAUUCUGGUAGCAACACUAUAAGUGUUUUUCUUGGAUAUAGCAAUGGCUUAUUUGCAAAUCAAACCAUAUAUUCAACUGGCACUACUCCACAAUCACUGGUUGUUGGUGAUUUUAAUAAUGAUGGUCAAUUGGAUCUAGUUGCUGCUAAUUACGGUGGCAAUACUAUCAGUAUUCUUCUGGGGUAUGGUAAUGGGUCCUUUGCUAAUCAAACAACUUUUUCAACGGGUACUAAACCAUUUUUUGUAGCUGUUGGAGAUUUCAACAACGAUACUCGAUUAGAUUUAGUUGUUACCAAUUAUGGUAACAAUAAUAUUGGUGUUUUUCUGGGAUUUGGUAAUGAUUCAUUUGCAAAUCAAGUUACAUAUCCCACUAAUACUAAUCCAGAAUCUGUAGCCGUUGGUGAUUUUAACAAUGAUGGUUGGUUAGAUUUAGUUGUUGCAAAUUCUGGUUCUGAUAAUGUUGGUAUUUUUCUGGGAUAUGGUAAUGGGUCCUUUGCAAAUCAAAUAACUUUUCCAACGGAUACUCAUCCAUGCUUUGUAGCUGUUGGUGAUGUCAAUAACGAUACUAUAUUGGAUAUCGUCGCUGCUACCCUUGGUUAUCGCACAGUCAGUAUUCUUUUAGGGUAUAGGAAUGGUUCUUUUGCAAAUCGAACGAUAUAUUCAGUGGGUGUUCUCCCAGAAUCAUUAGCUGUUGUUGACAUCAAUAAUGACGCUCGUUUAGAUAUCAUUGUCAUAAAUGCAGAUAGCAAUGAUAUGAGUGUGUUAUUAGGAUAUGGGAAUGGCUUAUUUGCAAAUCAAACUAAAUAUUCAUUAGGCACUGUUCCACAAUCUAUAGCUAUUGGUGAUUUUAACAAUGAUACACUACUUGAUAUAGUUGUCACGAAUUCAGGUGAUAACAAUGUUAUGAUACUAUUUGGUUGCUUUAAUCAAGUUUUUGUAAAGCAAAUAUCAGUUUCAACCGGCACAGAUUCUCAAACACAAUCCAUUGUUGUUGGUGAUUUUAACAAUGAUAAUAAAAUGGAUAUUGGAGUAGCUAAUUCAGGUACCAAUAAUAUUGGUAUUUUUCUUGGAUAUGGAAAUAUUACUUUUACAAAUCAAACAACAUAUUCAACUGGUUUAAAUUCAUCUCCAUACUUUGUAGCAACUGGCAAUUUCAAUAAUGAUACUCAAUUAGAUAUUGUUACUGCUAAUUAUCAAUCCGAUACAAUAAGCAUUUUCCUGGGAUAUGGCAACGGUACAUUCGCAAAUCAAACAUCGUAUUCAACUGGUUCAUCUUCAUCUCCUUACUCUGUAGCUGUUGGUUAUUUUAAUAAUGAUACCAAACUUGAUAUUGUCGUAGUUAAUUAUAAUAGCAACCAAUUAGGUGUCUUUCUUGGACAGGGUAAUGGUGCAUUCGAUAGUAUAAUCCUAUUUGCGAUGCCAUAUGGAUCUCAUUCAUUUUCUGUUAUUAUCGGUGAUUUUAACAGUGAUGGAAAAUUGGAUUUUGCCGUGGCAAAUAAUGGUACUGACAGUUUAAGUCUUUUUUUACAGAUUUGCUAA